AGGAAUGGUUGACAUUCAAGGACGUGUUCAUAGAAUUCUCUCAGGAAGAGUGGGAAUGUCUGGACCCUGCUCAGAGGGCCUUGUACAGAGACGUGAUGUCUGAGAACUAUAGGAACCUGCUCUCCCUGGGCAAGGGUAACUUCCCUCCAGAGAUCGCUAUGUCUUCUCAAGAAACCCAGGAUUCGUUGCCACCGGCAGGCAUAGAAGAUUCUUUCCUCAGAAUGCUACUGAGUACAUAUAAUGGAGACAGAAGUGUUCAAUGCCCUGAACCUUGGAAAAACUUUAACCACGGGUCAAAUCCUAGUAACCAUCAGAGAACUCAGCUUCCACAGAAUUAUUGUAAAUGUCAGACAAUCUUUAACAAAAGCUCAAAUAUUAUUAUAUGUCAGGAUAUUCACACUGUAGAGAUGACAGACAAAUGCAGUGAAUGGGCCAAUUCUUUGAACCAAACUUUAAAUGUAAUGAAUCAUCAGAAUAUUCAUACUGGGGAGGAACCUUGUAAUCAGUGUGGAAGAGUCUUUAGUCAAUCAUCCAAUGGACAUACACGUAAGAGAAUCCAUACUGGGGAGGAACCUUACAGAUCUGAAGAAUGUGGUACAGCCUUUAAAUGGCAUUCAUGUCUUACUAAACAUCAGAAAAUUCAUCCUGGAGAGAAGCUUUAUAGAUGCAGAGAAUGUGGCAAAGCCUUUACCCGGAACUCUGCACUUACUCAACAUCAGAGAAUUCACACUGGUGAGGCACCUUACAGGUGUAAGGUGUGUGGUAAAACCUUUAACUGGUAUUCAAGCCUUACUUUACAUCAGAGAAUUCAUACUGGGGAGAACCUUUACAAAUGUAAAGAAUGUGACAAAGCUUUUAACCAGCGUUCAAAGUUUAUUGAACAUCAGAGAAUACAUACUGGGGAGAACCUUUACAAAUGUGGAGGAUGUGACAAAGCCUUUCACCGGCGUUCAAGCUUUAUUGAACAUCAGAGAAUUCAUACUGGAGAGAAGCCUUAUAGAUGUAGAGAAUGUGGCAAAGCCUUUACCCGGAACUCUGCACUUACUCAACAUCAGAGAAUUCAUAGUGGUGAGAAACCUUACAAGUGUAAGGAGUGUGGUAAAGCAUUUAACUGGUAUUCAAAUCUUGCUGUACAUCAGAGAAUUCAUACUGGGGAGAAGCUUUACAAAUGUACAGAAUGUGACAAAGCCUUUGACCGGCGUUCAAGGCUUAUUGAACAUCAGAGAAUUCAUACUGGAGAGAAGCCUUACGAAUGUAGAGAAUGUGGCAAAGCCUUUCGCCGGCAUUCAAGAUUUAUUGAACAUCAGAGAAUUCAUACUGGAGAGAAGCCUUAUAGAUGUAGAGAGUGUGGCAAAGCCUUUAACCAGCGUCCAAACUUUAUUACACAUCAGAGAAUUCAUACUGGAGAGAAGCCUUACAAAUGUAGAGAAUGUGACAAAGCCUUUAAGCAGCAUUCAAGCCUUACUCAACAUCAGAGAAUUCAUACUGGUUAGACUUACAGAUAUAAGGAAUGUGGUAAAGCCUUUAACCUGUAUUCAAUCCUUUACAAUAGGAAGUUCAUACCAGAGAAAAUCCUUAUAAAUGAACAAUGUGGCAAACAUCUUAAACAGUGCUCAAAAUCUACUCAACGUCAGAGAAUUCAUACUGGUGCGAACUCUUAUAGACGUAGACAGUGUGGCAAAGCCUUUAACCAGUGUUUAAUCCUUACUCAACGUCGGAGAAUUCACACAGGAGAGAAGGCUUUUAAAUGCACCUUUUAUUUCAAAGCCUAUAAUCAGCAUUCGUAUAUUACUUUGCAUGAGGCAACUCAAACUGGAGCAAAGCCUUACCGAUGUAGAGACUAUUCAAAGCCUUUAGUCUCCCUCAAGGUUUACUCAGAUCUGGUCAUUUAUACUGGAGACACACAAUACAGAUGUAAAGAAUGUGGCAACAACCUUUCACCAAUGUUUAAACCACAUUAAACAUGAGAGAAUUUAUACAAGAGAAAAGCCUUACAAAUGUAGAGAAUGUAGCAAAGCCUUUAUCCAGUGUUCAAGCCUUACUCAACAUUAGAGAGUUCAUACUGGAGAGAAACCUUACAAAUGUAAAGAAUGUGUCAAAGCCGCUAUUUAGUAUUUCCAUCUUAAUUGGCAGGUAAGAAUUCAUAGUGGCUAGAACCUUAAAACUAAAGAAUAUGGUAAACCCUGGAACUGGACCUACAGCCAUAUAUUCACUAUGAGAGAAUGCAUACUGGAGAGACAUUGUAUAUUUGCAAUAAAUAUUGAAACACCUUUGAACAAAAUAAGCACUUCCAGAAUGCCCACAGAAUUCAAGAAUAAAAGUGUCUUUAAAAAUGUAAAAAAUAUGGGAAAGCAUACAAGGUCAGAUAAUUAAGUUUGCGAACUCAUGCUAGAAAAAAUGCUACAUACUUCAUUGCUGAAUAUCACUGUGGUGCCCUUCAAAGUACUCCCCUUUAGAAGCUGCAGACAGCAGCACCCACUCCACCCUUGAAAGCAACUUUGGAAAUCUUUUUCUGGAAUGGCCAUCAGAGCUGUCGUUGUAUUACCGUAUUUGCCGG